GCUGAAGACAACUCGUCCUUCCACCACCCUGCCCUCACCCCUCCACAUACUGACCUCUUGCUCCACUGCCUGCAUGAAUUUUUAGCCCUUUCAAGCAAGGAAUGUGUGAGCUCGGUUUGUCUUGCCCUAGCUAAGCCUCCCUCUGCCCUUGUCAUGGUUUGGGCAGCACAAGUGGACAGGCAGAGCUGGCCACUGAGGGAAAAACUGUCUGGCCCCAGCAGCACAGCUGCGACCCCUCGCCUUGCUGGUGGCUCUAGAGCUUCCUUCCCUUUGCCUGUGGAACUGCAGCUGUGCUGUCCAGUGUCCGGCCACUUUCCAAGGGCCUGAAUCAACUCUUACCACCAACCGUGUCCCUGGGGUUGAUGUCAGGGUCAACCUGAACUGUUCCUGCAUUGCCUCAAGAGAGCAGGAACCUCUACACCUGCUGCCAGCACUGACAGCUUCCUGGGCACUUAAAGGCAGGCACCAGCUCCAAGCUGAUCCCAGUGUGGGGACCUGGGCCCAGCUGGACACUGCCCACUGUAAAACAGCAACUGGGGGAAGUUUUAUAAAUGGUGAGGCAGACAUGGUUUCUGUGUGUCUUAACAGAUGAACUGGGGGAGAAAAGGUGUGAGAGGGGAGAGACUGAACCAGGUGCUGGCUUGUGACAGCAGCAGGCAGUGGCUGAUGUGAGCCACAGCCCUGCCUGGGUUGGGGAAGGGAAGCUGGGCUCCCCCAGCAUCACUGCCAUGGGGUACCUGCCUCCUGCCCAGAGCUGUGCUGUCCUGCAAGAGGACAGAAGGAAAAUGGUGUAUGUCUCCUGUGCUGUGCUGCCACAGGUAGGUGGAUGCUCUGUAGCUUCCUGCCUCAGGGCUGGAGGUGAAGGGAUGCCUGGGACAGCCUUCCUGGGUGGCACACAGGGCUGUGCUCAAGCCCUUCCCACCAACGUGAGGCCUCUGAUGUGAAGAGGAGCUCCAGUGGCAGUUGAAGCAGAGCUAGUGCAGAGAAAGCUAGGGAAGCACUCAGGGUGUUUCCUGGGAUUUAAAAUCACAGCCGCAGCCAAGAUGGUGGUGGCUGCAUGCCCGGAACCUGGAUGGCAGAGGGCCCAAGCUGUGUCCCCUGCCCUGAGGGCUGGCACACAGCCAGGGUCAAGUGGUCAUCCAGCAGCAAAAAGGUGCAGAGGUCCCUGGGCUCCUCAGCCUGCAGGAAGUGGCCAGUGCAAGCACUGUGGAGCAGUCUGGAGUGGCAUGAGAGCACUGGGAACCCCGUUGGCUUUCAGCACCUCACCAUGGUAGGUGGUGAGCAUCAUUGGCGUGGAGGGAAACAGGGUGUGCUGUGACAGCACAUCUGGCUGAGGGGGAGCAGCCCCAGCUUGGGCUCAUCCUUUGUGGUCCUUGGCACCUGCAGGUUGCCCAAGAGGACUUAGGUGAACAUCUACCCUGAUGUCCAGCAGCUCUAACUCCCUUCCUCUAUCAGCUGCCUCAGCCACAGACACUCUCUCAAGCUGUGAAAUAAAUGGUGGACGUUUUUUGCCAUGCACUGGAGCACCAAGCUUACUUUCCUUGCAGGAUGCCAGGCACUAGGAAAUGCCCCCUGAGUGCUCAGAGUCCCUGUUUGGAGCACAGAGGCUCCUCAAUUCUGUCUGUGUAUGGCUGUCCCUGGGAGGAAUCACAGUCUCUGGAGACAUUAGGCCUCAGAAAGGCUCAUCACCCCAUGCCAGCUGCCUCCAGGAGAGCAAAACUUUGGUGGGGAGAAGUCUCCUCUGUGAAGAAAGGAAGGGGCUCAUCAGGGGCAGGGGAUGCUGACACCCCACUCCUCUGCUGGGCUCUAACCUGCCUCUGCCAGGAACCUGCUGCAAGACUGGCAGUGGGACACUGCUCACCACCUUGGUCCAGGUGUCUCCAGUGUAUUUUUGUGGCUUAUCAGCUCCUUCUCCCAGCACCCAGCUCAGCCAUCAGUGAUGCUGAAGGGCAGCUCCCAGCCAGGCAGACAAGACACAGGAUGUUCUGUGGGGCUGGGCAGAUGUGUGCCCCACGGGAGAUCCCUGCUGCUUUUGUCACUGCCCCCUCCUGAGCGGCACGUUUGCUUUAAAGACCCUGGCUUCCUUUUAUUACUUCCCCUCUCAAGUUUCAGCUGGCUGCAAGGGCUAUUUUUAGCAACCUGCCUUCUAAAAAUAGCCCUGAGCUGUUUGGAGUUGCGUCACAAGAGGUAACUCUGGCCGUGAGUGGCUUGGCCUCUGCACCCCAGGAGGGUACAAAAGGAGGCCAGGAGCAGCAGGGUCAGCAGGUUCAGCCACAGCCGGAGGCGAAGGAGGCAGCGGUUCCCUGGCAGCUUCAGGCCAUCCCAGCUCCGGCUCCCUGGCAGCUUCAGGCCAUCCCAGCUCCGGCAGCAUGACCAUCUUCUGCAGCCACUGCCACCGGCCCCUGCAGGCAGAGAUGAGCUGCCUGCCCACCAGGGCCAAGCAGGCGCCCAGUGCCUCGAGGCCCUUCAGGUCAACCAAGAAUGCUUCCAAGGCUCGCCGAGACCAGAUCAAUGUGGAGCUGCAGGCGCUGCGCUCCCUGCUGCCCAUCUCUGCACAGGAGAAGGAGCGGCUCUCCUACCUGCACACCAUGGCCCUGGUGUGCCUGCGGCUGCGGGGAGCUCAGCUGUUCCCUCCAGGCCUGCCUCCUGCGGGACCAGCCCUUGGCACAGAACUACUCUCCCUGCUCCCGGGCUUUCUGCUUGUGCUCUCAGCAGACAGCAAGCUGGUCUACAUCUCAGAGAAUGUGGCUCAGGUGCUGGGCCUCUCUGUGGUGGAGCUGCUCGCCCAGGGGGACACGGUCUUUGACAUCCUGGAGGGGCGAGUGGGAGAAGAUGUGCACAAGAAACUCCUCCUUGCCCGGGAGGAACCUGGCAGGGAAGUCACUUUUGUCAGCGAGAUGCGCACGUCCAAGGCCUUCCGGCUGCAGCACGGCGGGAAUCGGGUCGUGGCAGUGUGCGGGCGCUUUGUGGCCCUGCGCUGGCCACCCUCCCCCUCCACCACAGCCUUCCUGGCCCUCUGCACACCCCUUGUGCAGUCGCCCACAGAUGGCGAAGCUGCUUCCCAGGACGACGUAUUCCAGAGCAUGCACCUCCUGGACAUGACUUUUAUUGAUCUUACGGAGAGUGUCGCCUACCACCUAGGCUACCACAGGGAGGAGCUGGUCGGUCAGUCGUGGUACAGCCUCCUGCACCCUGAGGAUGCUGACCUGGCAGCUGCCCAGCACAGGGCCGUGGGUGAGUGUCAGGCCCGGGAACGUCUAUGCUGUCCCCGGCUCCAUGGUCUAGUUAUGCCUGAAAGGUGGCAUAACCAGGACAGCAGAGACAAAGUGAAUUCAGCCCACCUUGUUGUGACUCCCUUCUCCAAAAAGGAUGAGGUUAUACACCCCACACACUGUCUAUAAGUAUUUUCCAAGCUGGGUGUGGGCAUCCUCCUUUGCUACGGUGUAUAGAAGAGGGACCAGCCCACCUGAGCCCCAUGUCUUUGGGAGGGCAGGACCGCUAUGGACCUGACUCUGCUCUGCGGGCUCUCCAGGCAGCCUAGGGCCGUGCCCUUG